AUGGCUCUUGGUGAAAAGCUCCUUGUCGUAGGCAAUCUAUGGGAUCCAGAGUUGGAUUACUUUUGGAACAUCAUACCGUCGUCGCCGCCUCCACCGCUCUGUGGGAUUGACAUCGUCGCCUAUGCUUUGCAUCCAGAUGGACGCACCAUCUUCAUGUCCACCGCAUCUGCUACCCAUUCCGUGGACACCAGCAAUGGCUCCUGGAAGGAGCUUGGAGAUUGGGUGUUGCCUUUCAAAGGCCAAGCCUACUUCGACGACAACCUGGAUGCAUGGGUUGGGAUUCAUGGCAAGGAGGAUGGAUACAUUUGCUGCUGCCCGGUUGCCUCCCGCAGCAGAACCACCAGACGGCCGCCUGACUGCAGGAUGCUCAAUGAGAAGCUGUUCCUCCGCAACAGUGAGAAGACAUGGCGGAAGAAAGGCCGACACAUGAAGGCUACUCUUACCUACAUGGGCUACAGCAGAUUUUGCCUUGUCGAGAACAUCUUGCGUCGCGCGGAUGGUUUAGACAGCGUCCUCCAUGUCACCUUGUUUACCCUCAAGUAUGAUGGCAUGGGCGAGCUUCGGAACAAGGUUCACCCCUGCACUAGGUCCUAUGCAGUGUCCAAGAACACCCGCUUGUUCUCUCAUGCAGCAUUUUGGAUGUAAUUAGGACCUACACUCUUGUACGCAUUUGUGCGACCACACCGAGUGCCAAAGUUAUAGUGACCGAGCACCUCGGUGCAGCACAUCCUGGACGUCCAAACAUGCAUGUGGAUUAUAAACAUUCAGGUCAUUGUCCCCUGCCAUGCUCUCGUAGGCAUAGGUGUUAGGUUGCCUAGACGUAGCUACUUGGCACAACUGUUUUCUCCGGGUCCAGGCAUGAAAUGCUUCACCGAGCGUGGUUGGUUGGUACCCGACGCGAGACUCUGCGUCAUGGAGUGUUUCAGCUGGGCAGUCUUCUUAUCAGCAACACAGGAGCCACUUUCAGCCAUGGACGAGGCGAUGGAGAUCUGCGUCAUGGAGCGCGCUAGUGAUCCAUCCUUCCAAUCUUUUUCUUUAGUUCCAUUUAAGGGAUGAAGCACUUCUCCCCUGAAUAAUAGGUUUGGAUCGUAUCAAAAUUGUAAUCUCUUAUUUUCUGGAUCUACAGUCUACCUCAGAUUGAUGCAAUUCUUCGAUUCUGAGGAGGAGCAGGGAGGUGGAAGUAGACGAUGUAAUAGGCAGGUGGGAUGCCCGUGACAGGUAAAUACGGUAGGUGAAUGGUCUAUGAAAAAUUACAGAAGUAUUUUUGGCUUGACCUGACCAGGCUGCUCACUGUUCCCACUAUGUACAAUGACAUGCAUGUGUAGAUAAGGCUCGUACUGCUCACAUGCUCGCACUGCUCAUCCACGCCGCCGAUUUUGGGGUAUUGAGGUCCAAUUAGCACCUACAGGUCAGAGAGAAAGUUGUGAACAUAUUUUCAGAACCAGUGAGUAUUAGUGAAUGAGCUUGACUUUUUUAGUGCAAAAAGAAACUAAUAACUGGUACUUAAAAUAUAGCGCUUUUAGCGGACUUAUUUAAAUAUACAUGAUUAAUAUUAAUUGAAUAUCCAAAAUAUGCCUUGUAAUCUACUCCCCUGUCCCAUAAUGUAUGAAUGUUCUUUAUACUAGUGUAGUGUUAAAAACAUUAUGAUACUAUAGGACCAAGGGAGUAAAUCGUCGAAAAAGGAUUUCUCCCGCUUUGUAUUACAAAGCAACCAACCGAUACAGUCAACAGCAGGUGCUGGGGCGGAAGCAGCACAAUCACACCCAAAA